GCAGAUGGUUGGAGGUUGUCAUCAGACUGUGUGGCACGCAGGACGCGCAGCAGCGCCCGGGGAUGGCGGCACACCGACAACAUCUGCAGAAGUCAGACUGAAAUAAUAAUAAAAAAACUCUAAUCAGGGAUUUCCUUUUAAAUAUUUAAUCUGGGGAUUUUAAAAUUAUAUAUAUAUAUAUAUUUUUUUUUAAAUUAAAGAAAAGAGAGAAGAAAACGAGGUGUGCAGAAUGCGCCCCGUUUCUGGAUGGAUCGGCUGGGCGCUGUGUGUGUGCGCAUCAUGUUCAGCGGUGUGCGCGCAGGACCGCACUGAGGACGACGAGACGGUCCUGGAUCUGAUCCGCGACGACGACGACGACGACAACGGGCUUCAGUCUGGACCUGGAGGCGAGCCAGCCACAGAGUUCCUCAAGUGCAACAAGGCGGCUUGGCGCAUGCCCGGUCAGUACCUGGUCGUCCUGCAUGAAGGGACGCACGAGUCUCAGGUCCAGAGGACAGUCAGGAGGCUGAGAGCCAGAGCCGCCCGGAGAGGAAGCCCGCUGGAGGUCCUGCAGACCUACUCUGGAGUUCUGCAGGGCUUUCUGGUCAAAAUGAGCCACGAUGUGCUUCACCUGGCUUUGAAGCUUCCUCAUGUCCAAUACGUAGAGGAAGAUUCGUUCAUCUUUGCCCAGAGCGCCCCCUGGAACCUGCAGCGAUUACUGCAGCCUCAGGGUGGCGUCUCAGUAAACGGAACGUACCUGCCUCCGAAUGAUGGAGAGAUGGCCGAGGUGUACCUGAUGGACGGCAGCGUGCAGAGCUCCCACAGAGAGGUUGAAGGACGAGUUCUCAUCACGGACUUUAAUAAUGUUCCUGAGGAGGACGGAGUCAGAGUUCAUAGGCAGGCCAGUCAGUGUGACGGUCACGGCACGCACCUGGCCGGUGUCGUGACGGGAUCGGAUUCGGGUGUUGCUCGGGGUGCCGGCGUUAACCUGGUCCGUGUGCUGAACUGCCAGGGGAAAGGAACCGUCUCCGGAGCUCUGGCGGGGCUGGAGUUUAUCCGAGCGGCCUUGCUGGCGCGCCCCGUGGACGCGGCGGUCGUCUUACUGCCCUUCAUCGGCGGCGUCAGCCGGUCACUGAACGCAGCAUGUAGAGAGACGGUGGCCCGCGGAGCCGCCGUUGUCGUCGCUGCUGCAGGGAACUACAGAGAAGACGCUUGCCUCUAUUCGCCCGCUUCAGAACCCGAGGUCAUCACCAUAGGGGCCGUGAACUCUGAGGACCAGCUCAUGUCGCAAGGAGCAGGGGGCACCAACUUCGGCCGCUGCGUCGAUCUGUUUGCGCCCGGUGAUGACAUCGGCGUUAGCGCCAGCAGCGACUGCAGCACCUGCUUCACCUCACACAGCGGAACGUCGCAGGCUGCCGCUCACGCUGCCGGCAUAGCAGCCGUGAUCCUGUCCGCCAAUCAGAAGGCCUCCCCGGUGCAGGUCCUGCAGUUGAUGCUGCAUCACUCCGUUAGCAACACAAUUAACUUCCUGUCCCUGUCUGAAACGCAUCGUCUCACAACUCCAAACCUGGUGGCAGCCAUGCCUCCCGCCAACAACCCAACACCAAGUGGCGAGCUCCUGUGUCGCUCAGUGUGGUCAGAAAGGUCAGGCCUGUCGAGCGCGGACGCGGCCGUGAGCCGCUGUCGCGUCGGGGAGGAAAUGAUGGGCUGCAGCAGCUACGCUCCUGACGGCGCCCGCGUGGGAGAAACGCUCACCGAGAGCAACGGACGCAUGGAGUGCGUCGCCUACAAUGGGCUGACAGGCAACGGGGUGUUCGCAGUGGCCCGCUGCUGUGUGGUGGAUGGUCUGCAGUGCCGUGCCCACGCGAGCCCCGGGCCCGGGCGGGACGCUCUGUGUGCGGGCCCACAGCACCACCUCACAGGGUGCACCAGUUGGUCCGCAGCCGAGAUCUCGUCCGACUCCCGUCCUCAUCGGGGCGCCGGGAGGACCUGCUCGGUGGAGGACGGAGUCACGUCACACGCGGUCUGCUGCCACGCUCCGUCUCUUCAGUGCCGUCUGUUGGAGACCACGUCGUCUGACAAAGACCAGGUUGAGGUGUCUUGUCCCUCGGGCUGGACUGUGACGGACUGCACCGCCGUCUCCAAGGGCUCUGCCGUCGUCGGGUCAGUGCCUGAGGGCAGCGGCUGCCGGAUCCGCGGCGCGGGGGAAGUGGAGGCGGCGGGCGUAGCCGUCUGCUGCCGUGUCACGCCGCCAGACCCCCCUGCUACAACGCCUAACUGAUCACAGUGUCAUCCGUCUUCUCUCCGAGCUCCUUCACCUCAUGGAGACACUUUAAUGUACCUACAGUAAGCACUUCUGCAAAGCUGUCGAUUUACAGCCAUACGAUUAAGUCGAAACAUGCUCCACGUUGUCUUGUUAGCUGUCUUCAAACCAUCUGGGAGAUACAGGUUAAAAGAAUAAAUAUAUCCUGAUAUUUUUUUGUAUCUUUGUACAAGCAUAAUAAACAAUCAUGACGUACAGUCUGUAACACUG